CCGGGCAUGACCUUCACUGCGUCCGAUAUUGAGGAUGUACCGAUCAUGGAUACCUGGCGUGCAAUGGAGGCACUGGCGGACACGGGCAAGGUCCGGGCAAUUGGCGUGUCGAACUUUAACCAGGCGAUUCUGGAAAAGAUGAUCCCGCAGUGCCGUAUUGUCCCUGCCGUGAACCAGAUCGAGCUCCAUCCGUUCAACCAGCAGACAAAGCUAGUCAAUUUCUGCAAGCAGCACAGCAUCACCCCCACUGCCUACUGCCCGCUUGGUGGUUCGGAUCUCAGUGUCAUUGAGGAUCCAUUUUUCAAGCGCAUGGCCGAGGCACAUAUGUGCACUCCGUCGCAGGCUGUUCUGUCAUGGAACCUGGCGCGCGGCGUUGUAGUUAUUCCCAAGUCGACCAACCCCCAGCGCCUGAAGCAAAAUCUGCACAGGAUCACCCCGACAAAUGACGAAAUGAGGCUGUCGGCAAAGUGUGAUAAGCAGGAGCGCAGGUGCCAUCCGCUGCCGGAUGUAAAGGAACUCGAGUGGGUAUUCCAUGAAGAUAAGGCCACAUGCCCGCUUAUCUGAGAAAUCACUGAAGCCGGCUAUGUGUCAUGAAUUCGUAGAUUCUAAAUACACACAGCUCAAGCUUGCGAAUCACUCUGGUAUGUAUGUGGAAAACAGUGCUCGCUCAGGAAGUAUAGCAUCCCUGAGUAAACUAUGCUCCGCUACCGAGUGGGGGUAGGUUCUUUGCAUGGUUCUUUGCAUUAUCUGAUCACUUCGGUCAUCCGCAAUCGUCGUGCCACAAUACUCGUGAAACCUUG